AUGGUUUUGAGCCAACGAAAAUACACGUUGGACAUUCUUGGUGAGAGUGGUUUACAUGGUUGCCGCCCUAGUAACUUCCCCAUUGAACAAAACCACAGGCUACGGGCAGAUAGUACAGGUUCUUUGGUUGAUGCAGCUCACUAUCGUAGAUUGGUGGGACGCCUCUUAUAUCUCACAGUUACGCGUCCAGAUAUCACAUAUGUUGUUAAUACUCUUAGUCAAUUUGUUGCUAUGCCACGACAAGAGCACAUGGACGCUGCCAUCCGAGUCCUGCUUUACCUUAAAGGGGCACCAGGACGAGGUUUAUUACUUCCUAAAGAAGGUAGUUUGACUCUCACAGCUUAUUGUGAUGCUGAUUGGGGAGGAUGUCUUACCACGCGUCGUUCGUGCACGGGUUAUUAUAUUUCUCUUGGAGGUGCUCCAGUUUCUUGGCGAACAAAGAAACAAUCUGUGGUAUCCCGGUCAUCUGCAGAAGCAGAGUAUAGGGCAAUGGCAGUUACUGUAAGUGAGUUACUAUGGUUGCGUUGGUUAUUGUUUGAACUUGGUUCUCAACGAAAACAUGCGACACCUUUAUUUUGUGACAACCAAGCAGCAUUACAUAUUGCAGCAAAUCCUGUUUAUCAUGAACGGACCAAGCAUGUGGAAAUGGAUUGCUAUUUUGUUCGUGAGAGAAUGCAUUCCAAUGAAAUAGCUCCACGAAAAAUACAUACCAAGGUCCAACUUGCUGAUUUAUUCACCAAGGAGCUUGGGAAAGAUAGGUUUCAUCUCUUGCUUGGCAAGUUGGGCGUUGUGGAUCUCCACCCUCCAACUUGA